AUGAAAUUGAAAUUGGCUCCAGGAUGCAACCACGUCGAUGAGCAACGUGGAGUGGUAAAUGCUCAAAUGCAUUUCGAUGGGGAUGGAGCAGUGACGAGGUCACAAGAGAACAUCCACUUACACUACUACUACUACUACUACUACUACUACUACUACUACUAUUACUACUACCACUACUACUACUACUACUACUACUACUACUACUACUAUUACUACUAUAACCCCUGCUACUACUACUACAAAUAUCACAAGAAGACCGUCAGGAUGAAUCGGAAAUGGUUUGCUUUCCAGCAAAACUUAUGCUCGUAA